AUGAGCUCUUCCCCCAUCCUCUCUCUCUUAACAUUCCCUCUCCAACUCCUGCAAUACUGGCUAGAAGACGUCGUCUACGACUACAUAUGUGGCGCGCACUGUGAUGACGUUGAGCUCCAACCGAAUCGAAACCCCGCCGACCUGACCCCACCAAGCGGAGUGCAGCUGGCCGAAUCCUGGAUUCUCCAUUGGGACGGUGGGAGCCAGGCACAGCGUUACCCACUGGAUCGGGGGGGGGAUCUAGGGCCUUUAGUGAAGAAUGUGAUGUUGGCAUCGCGAAAGGUCGCUAUGGCCAAGAGGUUGGCGACUGGGAGCAAUCUUGGCCUCUCCAUGAGGACCGCACCUGGCGGUGCUCUAUCUUGCGGUCGGGUACCACCGUCUUGGACAAUGCUGCCCCCAUCUACACCUGCGAAGCUCCCGGUGCGGAAGUGUUUGUUCACCAUCUGGGCUAGCUCGAACUGGAUCUUAGUGAUCAUCAUCGGUGGAAAGCCGUUAAAUAUAGCAUUAAUUUCAACUCCAAGUAGGCCAGGAGCGAGUGGAAGGACCCUGAACGGCGGAUUUGGGCCACUCUCUGUAUUGUACUGGUUCGCCGCGUUGAUCGUCGCCCAGCCCAGAAACAGGAAGGGAUUUAGGAACUCAGGCGGCGGGAAGGGAGAUUUGGAAGGUCCCAUCUUGAUGUGCCGGGAGGACAUUAUAGCUAUGAGGUAUUAG